AUGUUUACUUCACCAGUGAUCCCACGGCUGCAGCAUCGCACUAAAAAAAAAGUACAAUUAAAAAAAAAGUACAAUUUGACCAUAACGGUAAGCCUUCCCUCUCUGUCCACCCUGGCGUUUCCUUGUUUCGAUGGCAUUUAUCUUCCAAAGCAAGAAAAUAAAUUCGUGCAUCACGUCAAGAAUGACCUGGAAAUAUACCAACAGAAAAGCAACCGCAGGAGCGUGCUCCUGUUCCCCCCUCUACCCAGCAGGCUGCGAUACCUGAUCCAUAGGACCAUAGAGGACCUGCCAGAGCUCACCACCUUCUCAGUAGGGGAGAGCUGGUGCCGUAGGGUGGUGGUCUGCCAUUCUGAGCUCAGGGGUGAAGUAGAGGAAGACAGUGGCUGGGAGAGCAACAACGGCUUGUGUGAAGAUCCCUUAAGAAGCGGGGAGGAGAUAGAUGGCAACGCAAAGCCUAAAUCUUCGAUCCCAUCGCGAAGCCGAGGACCCAAGAGGCCGGACAAACCCCUUUACAUGCCACGAGUUGCUCGGGAGAGACUGUCCUUACAAAACUCACACGGACUCUCAGGAGACCAAGAGUUGCCCAGUCCAGCCUCAAGUAGCUGUAGCUGCCUCAGCAGUCAAUCUGACUCUUGUUUCUGUCCCGAAACUACAGAAAAAACAAAGUCCUCAUGCACAUCCAGACAGGAAUGUGUCCCCAGUGUAGCAGAGGGUGUCUUCAACCAUGUUGCUGACAGUUCAGCACUUUGUCCUCAGGAAGAGAAACAAAAGGUGGUGCAUGAAGCUGAGCCCCAAGUCUGGGAACAGACUGUGUCCUGCUUCAGUGACAUGACUCUGGAGGAGGAUGAGAAGGGCAAGGAAGACAUAUGCACAGACACAGAUGAUGUAACUGAAGAGAUCAAGGCACAUCUGAAAGAGACAGUAACUGUUUCCAUUCAGCACGUUCAGAAUGACUACUCCCCUUAUGAGAAUGUGUGCAUCGGCCCGGAUGCGUUUCCCCACGUGAUCGAGAUCUACGGCUUCCCACAGUGUUUCAAAACCGAUGACCUCCUGGAUGCUUUCACAGACUACAGUGAUGGUGGAAUGAAGAUCGAGUGGGUAGAUGACACACAUGCCCUGGGGAUUUUCUCCAGUGAGAUGGCAGCACUCCAUGCCCUCUCCAUCUGCCAUCCAAUGCUGAAGGCAAGAGCACUGGCUCAAGCGAGUAAAAAAGCCAAAGGCAAGGCCAUCAAACGAGCAGAGUUUAUCCAGCCAGUGAAGGAACGUCCUAGGACAGACUGUGCUGUUGCCAGGCGGAUGGUGACCAGAGCCCUGGGGCUGCAGGGACGAGGCAGAGGGCAGCAAUAUUGAAGGGAAUUACAAACACUGUUGGCUAACACAGAAAGGUCCAGCAGAGGCCAGCCUCCAUUCAUUGGCCCUCCGUAGAGGAUCCACAGUGGCCACAGACGGCUAGCUGAUCAUGAAGAGUAUGACUGCCGUCCAGCACUGUUUGCCUGCUUCACUGAUCACUGAACGUGUUUGCAUGGUGAAGAAGGAGACUGCCACACAUCUGCAAAAUCCAGCCUGCUGAAGUGUCCCUGACACUGACGGUGAUUCACCAGCCUCAAAGUUGCUGUUCUGUAGCUGAACCUGACCCUUUUGGACAUUAUUGUUGUGGUUCCUGUUGUUCACUGCUAGGAUCACUAAUUGCAUUAGCCCCUUUCAUAAUUUUGCUUUGUUUUACAAACGGUGAUUUCAUAUAGAAAAGGCACUGGAGCAAUUGGAGAAGUUCCUAGCUUGUUUUGAUUUGAUUGCAUGUUGCCUUAAAACUAAAGUGCUUAAGUGUUUAAUUUCCAGGCAGGAAUAUUUUGUUUCCUCCUUGCCCAAGUGAUGCAGGACUGGUUGCAUAAUUCUCUGUAAGUAGUAAUUAUUUUCCAACUUAAUGCUGAAUUCCUCCACAGAUUAAUUUUUAGGAUUUAGUUAAAGAAAUCUGUUACAUUGUCUGCUUAAGUUACAGGCACAUUUUUAUAUGGAGUGCACAACUCUAACUGAUAAAUGUAAUGUAGAUCCAUUAACAGAAUCAGAUCAGCUAAAAAGAUGAAACUAAAUAUUGUUUUUAAAAUUGCGAGACACAGUUGCAAAGGAAAACGCAUGUAACAGCAAUGUUAUGCUGAGCUCAAUAAAUAUUUUCUAACGUUAUAGUUCAUUUUAAAACUUAUUUUUUGCAAACAAGUUGCAAGAUGUUAAGUUUUUAAUAUUUAUUUUGUUCCUCGAAAUGAUACAAAACUACCUUUUAGGAUGGUUGCCUGUUGUGUUCAAGUUCUUUGUCAGUCCAACAAAAGUUUAAGCUUUGAAACUUGGUCCUUUGUACUUGUUACUGUACUGUCAUUUUUAUGUAAUUGACCUAACAUCAAUCUUACUUCUGUAUUGUGGGUGGCCAAAAUGCCAUUAAGAGAGAAUUAAAAAAGUUUGUAUUUAGUUAAAGAAUA